GCUACCUACAUCAGCGCAACGACCAGCUUUAGACCAUCACCUCGGAUCAACGCGGCGCUGAAGAAGGCGACUAUGCCGAAUGUUAGCCGAAUAAAAAUGUGUUCAACGUUUAUUUUGACGGCAUUGGCGUUCGACAGAUACAUGGCCAUUUGUCACCCAGUGAACAAACGGAUCCAUCAGAUGAGACAGACAAUCUUUAUAACGUCUUUUCUGGCCCUACUGUCCAUCGCACUCAUCUUACCCGUGGUGUUUUCGGCUACAGUACGAUCGUUCACUGGAUUGGGCCAAUAUGUAAACAGUAGAAAGGAGAUCUACAACAUCGUGAAGUAUAUGUGCGUCGACGGAAUGCGUCGUGAUGUGAAAGUGAUGGUUGUCGGAUUUCUGGUCGCAUUCGCCUUUGUACUUCCUGGAUCACUUCUAACAUUCUUCUACACUAAAAUCAUACUGCGAUUGCGGCACCAACAACGGACAAUGCUGCAGUCACGUAUUCCGAUACGUCGUAUAACAGUCUAUACAAUGGCCGUGACAUUGUUCUAUCUAUCAUGCCAAAUUCCAUUCUGGCUUCCUCAAAUCUACGUCAUCGUAUGCAUGAUGUUUGGAUACACAAUAAACCCUAGCCAUAUCACAUUGACCUACUACUCUCACCUACUGCCAUUCGUUUCGGCUUCAUUCAACUGGAUUUUCUACGCGCGUCUCAAUAGUCAAUUCAAGAAAGGUCUGGUACUAGUGACCGAGCGGCUCAUACGAGAACGUAAGGAAUUCGACGAAUUUGCAUUAGAGCGAAUCAUAUCGAAGUCGGAUGGUAUGGUCACAUUGUGCCCUAACUGUGAGGUUCGUCAUAAUUGCUAA